GCCGUAGUUUCGACUCUUGCACUGGCAUGGCGAGCUCCAGUCGUAUAGUGAUGACGCAUCCUCUAUGAGACAUGCCACAGCAAUCAAACAUGCCGAGUGAGACAGAUAUUGACAAACGCCUUGGUGGUACUCUUAUAGCAGUGGGACUGGGGGUUGCUGCUGCAGGGUUUGCAGGUCGGUAUGCUUUCCAUUUUUGGAGACCUCUGGGUCAGGUUAUUACGGAAGCUGCUAAGAAAAUGCCCUCUGCGUCAAUCUCUGCAUACUACAGAGGUGGAUUUGAGCAGAAGAUGACCAAACGGGAAGCCAGUCUUAUCCUUGGGAUCAGUCCGAACAGCACAAAGGCAAAAGUCAGAGAAGCCCACAUAAGGAUCAUGAUCCUAAAUCAUCCAGAUAAAGGUGGAUCCCCAUAUUUGGCAGCAAAGAUCAAUGAAGCAAAAGAUCUGCUUGACUCUGGCCCUUGGCGCUGACCCAGCUGCCUGCGCCAACCAAGCACACAGUUACAUCUGCUUCAGUGCCGCCAACUCACCCAGGAGUCUCCACAACUCACUGUGCUUCUCUAAGUUUUUCUGCCAUUAAUCAGCCAACUCUCAGCAUAUUGCACACUGUUCUAUCUCUCAUUGAUUCUUACCUCCACUUUAAUGCAACUAGGCAAAGGUAGACCUUUCGUGUUAAAGGAUAUUUGUGCCAUAGGUACAGAAUAUGUUACAGUAGUCUUUAUUAUUUUUUGAGGUCACUUGUUUUAUGGGAAAUUAAUGCUGAAAAACAAAAUGUUAGGCAUAUUCUCUAUAGCGUAAAGUCCCAAAGUAGGAGAGAGUUUUAUCACACAAAAUUUCUCUAGUCACCAUCAAGAAUUUGACACUUAUUCACUUUAUCUGUGAUCAUAUCACCUUAUGAGAUAUAUAUAUUUUUGGGCCAAUAUAUUUAUUGUCUGUCUAAAGUUUUGAUGCCUUUGAAUUUAAACUUCUAUCUUUUAUAUCUUUAGGUUGUUGGUUAAAAGUUUACAUGACAUGACUAUUUAUUUUCUCACCUUCAUGAUAUCCCAGGUGUGUGUGACUUUGUCUUCAGCAGAACACAUUUGAAGAAAAAUAGAAAAAAAUAUCUCAGCUCAGUAGGUCCUUAAAAUGCAAGUGAAUGGCGAUUUCU